AUGGGAAGCCAGGCUGUGCCCGGGCUGCGGCUCUCGUUGCUUCUCCUCCUGCUCCUGGGACCCCCCAAGGCAGGGGUGCGGGGCGAGGAGGGCCUGGACUUCCCGGCCUACGACGGGGUGGACCGCGUGGUCAACGUGAACAGCAAGAACUACAAGAGCGUGUUCAAGAAGUACGAGGUGCUGGCGCUGCUGUACCACGACCCCCCCGAGGGGGACAAGGCCUCCCAGAGGCAGUUUGAGAUGGAGGAACUGAUCCUGGAGCUGGCCGCCCAGGUUCUCGAGGACAAGGGCGUGGGCUUCGGGCUGGUGGACUCCGAGAAGGAUGCAGCAGUGGCCAAGAAGUUAGGCCUCACCGAGGAGGACAGCAUCUACGUCUUCAAGGGGGACGAGGUGAUUGAGUACGACGGAGAGCUGGCCGCCGACACCCUGGUGGAAUUCCUGCUGGACGUCCUGGAGGACCCCGUGGAGCUGAUUGAGGGGGAGCGGGAACUGCAAGCCUUCGAGAACAUCGAGGACGAGAUCAAGCUCAUUGGCUACUUCAAGAGCAAAGACUCGGAGCAUUACAAAGCCUACGAGGACGCGGCCGAGGAGUUCCACCCCUACAUCCCGUUCUUUGCCACAUUCGACAGCAAGGUGGCCAAGAAGCUGACCCUGAAGAUGAACGAGAUCGACUUCUACGAGGCCUUCAUGGAUGAGCCCGUGACCAUCCCGGACAAGCCCAACAGCGAGGAGGAGAUCGUCAGCUUCGUGGAGGAGCACAGGAGGUCCACCCUGAGGAAGCUGAAGCCCGAGAGCAUGUACGAGACGUGGGAGGAUGACAUGGACGGGAUCCACAUUGUGGCCUUCGCCGAGGAAGCCGAUCCCGAUGGCUACGAGUUUCUGGAGACACUGAAGGCCGUGGCGCAGGACAACACAGACAAUCCUGACCUCAGCAUCAUCUGGAUCGACCCGGAUGACUUCCCCCUGCUAGUCCCCUACUGGGAGAAGACGUUCGACAUCGACCUCUCAGCCCCGCAGAUUGGUGUCGUCAAUGUCACAGAUGCUGACAGUGUGUGGAUGGAGAUGGACGAUGAGGAGGACCUGCCUUCGGCCGAGGAGCUGGAGGACUGGCUGGAAGAUGUGCUGGAGGGCGAGAUCAAUACAGAGGACGACGACGACGACGACGAUGACGAUGAUGACGAUGAUGAUGAUGAUGACGACGAUGACUAGCCAGUGUGGAACCAGCUCCUGGUUCUGCCACCUUGGGGGCUCCCGGCCCCAGGGCCACACGGCCACGGGGCUCAGCGGGGUGCUGUUGGGUGUGGGUGGGGGCCGGGC